GCUUCAAUGCGAAGAUGGUCACUGGGCUGGCGACUACGGUGGUCCCCACUUCCUGCUGCCAGGCUUCGUGAUCGCCGCCUACAUUACAGGCAAUUUCAAGACCAUCUUCCCAGAAGCCCAUCAAAAAGCUAUUCAGGCUUAUCUUCUGAACCACCAGCAGCAAGAUGGAGGGUGGGGUUCCCACAUCGAGUCCCCUAGCACCAUGUUCGGCACGGUGCUGAAUUACGUGGCCUUGCGCUUGGCUGGUGUGGAUGCAGAUGAUCCCGCAUGCAAGGAGGGCCGAAAGUUCAUGCAGGAGCAUGGAGGGGCCCUUUACGCGCCAUCAUGGGCAAAGUUCUGGCUGGCAUGUCUGGGCGUCUACGAAUGGGAUGGAAUCGCACCAGUUCCCCCAGAGAUGUGGAUGCUGCCCAGCUGGUUCCCUCUUCACCCUGGCAGGUUCUGGUGCCACUGUAGGAUGGUCUAUCUUCCCAUGUGCUGGCUUUACGCGCGCCGUUUCACCUUCAACGCUUCGCAAGAUCCCGUGGCCAACGCCCUGAGGUCAGAGCUGUACGGCGCAGAGAAGUACAGCGAGAUCCCCUGGAGGAAGCACGUGCACAGCGUCGCUGAGAUCGACAACUACAGCCCGAUCCAUCCGGUCAUGCGGCUGCUCCAGGAUGUCCUGUUGAUCUACGAGCGACUUGGGCCAUGGCAGUGGCUCAGAAGAGUCAGCUGUGGCUUUGCCAUGGAGUACAUGCACGCAGAGGACCUUGAGACCAACUACUUGACCAUCGGCCCUGUCAGCAAGGCCUUCCACCUCCUCGUCAGCUGGGUAGCGGCCGGUGGGGAGAAGAAGCCCACCGAAGCCAGCGAGAGCAAGGCCUUUCAGGCCCAUGUGGCUCGGGUUCCCGCAUACCUCUGGGUCGCUGAGGAUGGCAUGAAGGUGCAGGGCUACAAUGGAAGCAUGGCUUGGGAUACCUCCUUUGCUGUGCAAGCGGUCGUCGAAGCUGGCAUGGUGGAUGCCUUCGAGGACGUAGACCAACAGGCCUGGGGAUGGCUGGUGAAGGAGCAGGUGAGGUGCCUCCCCAAUGGAGACUGGCGCCACUUUCGGCAGCCGAUUCGGGGUGGCUGGGGAUUCAGUACAGCGGAACAGGCCUGGCCUGUCUCUGACACUACCGCAGAGGCCUUUAAGGCGGUACUGCAGCUUCGGAAGUUCUCCAAGAUCAGAUCUACCGGUCGGACCAUGCCGGACGAGCAUCUUUGCGACUCUGUGCAGUUCUUGCUCUCCUACCAGAACAAUGAUGGUGGCUGGGCGACUUACGAGAACAAUCGGGGCUGGAAGUGGUACGAGCUCAUGAACCCAUCAGAGGUUUUUGGGGACAUCAUGAUUGACUACUCCUAUGUGGAGUGCAGCUCAUCCGCUAUGCAGGCCAUGGCAAUCUUCUCGGAACAGUUUCCAGAUCACAGGGCGGCAGAAAUCCGGCGCUCCAUCAAACGCGGCGCGCGCUUCAUAGAAGCCAUGCAACGAGAUGACGGCAGUUGGUUCGGCUGCUGGGGAAACUGCUUCACUUACGGCUGCUGGUUCGGGGUGGAAGGCCUCCUGGUGGCGGGUCGCAAGACGACUUGCAGAGCAAUUCAGAGGUGCGUGAAGUUCCUUCUAGGCAAGCAGAAUGCAGAUGGCGGCUGGGGGGAAGACUUUGCCAGCUGCUUCAACAGAGAGUAUGCUGCGCGUGAGAAGCUGUACGGAUGCGAUUCCGGCAGCUCCGUUGUGCAAACCGCCUGGGCCUUGCUUGCGCUGAUGGCAGCAGACUGCAAGGAGUCCUCUGCCAUCGAGCGGGGAGUUGCCUUGCUCAUGAAGCGGCAGCUGUCGUCAGGGGACUGGGCACAGGAGAACAUCGCUGGAGUGUUCAACAGAUCCAUUGGCAUCACGUACACGGCCUUCCGAAAUGUGUUCCCUUUGUGGGCCCUCGCCCGCUUCCAUACACAUUAUGGCCCGCAGCAUGGAUGCAAGCGCCCAGGCUAA